AUGAGCACUCAGUGCAAUGUGAGUGGUCUGCAGUGCGGUAAACGCUACAAUGUGACUGUGUCAGCUCACAACGAUGCCUGCAGCAGCCAGGGUGUCCCCUCUGACACUGCGUACCUCACCACAGAGCCCUGUCCACCCUCCAACAUUGAGGCCACCAUGCAAUGUACACAACUUACAGCAACAAUUUCUUGGAAUCAGAGCAAUUUCGCAGUUGGUUAUAUCGCAUACAUAAAUGACACACAGGGCAACAUCAUGAGCUGUGUUGCACCACCCACAAACACCUCUUGUGUGAUCUCUGGGUUGGGUUGUGAUUUGGUCUACAACGCCUGGGUUAUUGCAAAAGGGGACCAGUAUAACAGCUCUGAGAGUACAGCUAUUCCUUUAAUUUCAGCACCAUGUUCUCCUCAGAACAUCACAGCGCAGGUGAAUUGCAGCUUGGAUGGAGGGGCAAUAGUGUCCUGGACUGCUAAUGCUGGAGCAAACUUUUCUGUCACAUCUGUGGUUAAUGGAAGUCAACAGACCUUAUGCACUACUCAACAGAACAGUUGUAGUUUAUCAGGUCUGGGCUGUGGACAGUCUUACAGCCUCAGCCUCACUGCCACCAACAACCAGUGUAGCAUUACUGCGUCGACACAUCCAAGCCUAAACACGCGAUUGUGUCCACUUACUGGUGUGUCUACAUCCCGUGACUGUGCUUCUAGCAAUGUCACAGUGAACUGGCAGACUAGCACUGGAGCAAACUAUUACAACGCCACUUUGAUCCCUGACUCUGGUGUUUCAUACCAUUGCAGUUCAGAGUCUUCCACCUCAUGUUCUAUUGAUGGGCUGCCCUGUGGACAAAACUUCUCUGUAUCUGUCAGUGCUUCAGAUGCACAGUGCACCAUAAACUCUGCAGAUCAACUGAGUGAAACCACAGCACCAUGUGUUCCCACAAACAUUAAUGCAGAGAUGAACUGCAGCACAGACACAGCAGCAGUGUCCUGGACUGGUAGCAGUGGGGCAGAAAACUACACAGUGACAGGCCAAAGCACUACAGGCAAUGUUUCAUGUGAGGCCGUCGGCCUAACCUGUAACCUCACAAACCUUGCAUGCGGCACACAAUACACCAUUCAGGUGGUAGCAAGGAACAGUGCAUGCUCCAGUGCGCCGAGUCAGGCUAUCACACUAGAUACUGGUAAGGCAACAAACAAGAAGGUUCUAGCUUGGGAUAUCAUAAUAUUGGUAAUAUCCAAUAUUCCUUUCCAGCUCCCUGUCCACCUGAAAAUGUGGAUGCUGUCAUUGCCUGUGAAUCAAACAAUCUAA